AUGUCAUUGUCAGCUGCCGCUAAUAACAUUUCUGAUUCAGAUUUCCAAAACAUUGGGCCAGCCCCAAGACCCCCCGGUGCUUCCUACAACAAGACACAGCCCAUCACCAACUACCUCGGAAACUUGGAUUUGAGCGAAAAGCGUGAUGGGAGUGGCUCCUCAUCCCGCGAAAAUCGGCUAGCCCGCGCGACUUUCAGCAAGAAAAGUGGUUGGAUACAGUACAAGGAUGACGGAUUGUUGUCCUUUUUAUGGCAGAAACGGUUCAUGGUUCUUAGCGACUCGUACUUGACACUGUACAAGAAUGAGCCACGGUCGGUUAAUGAGGAUCCAGUUUUGCAAGUACCACUUACGACUAUUGUGAGUGUUAGUCGGACACAAUUAAAACAAAACUGCUUUGAAGUGGUGAGGAAUCAUGACCGAGGCUCCAGCGGUGGUUCUGGGAAUUCCAGUCUUGCUGGCGCAGGGAAUGGCACAUCUGGAAGCUCCUCUUCAUUAGCUUCGUCAAGCUCCGACUAUAAUCGGAAGACCAUGUACAUUUCAACAAAAACGGAGAUCGAGCUUCACUCGUGGCUGGACGCGAUUUUUGCCAAAUGUCCUUUAUUGAGCGGAGUUUCCUCACCGACAAACUUUACCCACAAAGUCCACGUCGGUUUCGACCCCGAGACAGGUUCUUUUGUCGGAAUGCCCUCUAACUGGGAAAAACUUCUAAAACAUUCACGAAUUACGGGCGAGGAUUGGAAUAACAACUCUGCAGCCGUGAUCCAAGUGUUACAAUUUUAUCAGGAGUAUAACGGUGCAGGAAAUGGUACCAGUACAGGUACUGGGCCGAACGCCGGUGCUGGCAUCAGUAACGCUUCUGCUGCGUCUUCAUCGUCCUCCUUACCAGGAAGCCGCAACCCUAACGCCACCAUCACAUCUAAGUCCAGCCAACAGAGCUUAACAGAUAUGCACCCACAACGAAAACCACCAAGUCCGCCUUCUCUGGCUGAUCCUCGUCGUCCAAAUCUACAGGUAUCAACAUCUAACCAGCAUGGUCGAAGUCCUCAACAACCAUAUGCAAAACCUCUCAAUUAUUCCCUAUCAUCACCUUCGCAAGGCAGACCUCCACAGUCGCAUUUACCAUCAGCCUCCGUCUCUGCGCAAGGGGUAACGCUUGCCCAAAAAUCUACCCAUGGCUCAUGGAAACAACAAACUUCUCCAACGCCACUACAAGUUAAAAAGACACCCACUAAACGACCUCUUCUGCCGCAGCAAGAUCCAUCGCGUACUCAGCAUAACAUGCAAAAUCCAUACGCUCCAAAGCCUGCACUAUCUCAAUCUGCUAACAGCUCGAAGGAAAUUCUGAACCAAAGACGAGGACCACAGCUGCCAAGCAACUCGUCGUAUAAUGGUAACACCAGUCCGCCUCCUCGGCUCCAUCCUCAAAGAGCUGCGCCUUCUGCGCCUUCUGCGCCAAAAUCCCCCGCAGAGGCAAGCGCCAGUACCGCGGCUGCUCUCGCUAUGCGUCAGGAUCCCAAGUCGGAGGCCGGUCAUAACCAUCUUCAGCCAACCAGGGAUGCCCCAAAGAAACCUGAUAUAUCCAAGGGCCCACACCCGAAGAAUGACGUUGGCGUAACAAAGCAACGUAAACCUUCUAAACCUACCAUGUCCAACGCCGAAAUCAUGAGAAAAUUGAAAAGCGUAACUUUCAGUACUGAUCCAAGCUCCCAUUUCCAAAUGAUCGAAAAGGCAGGGCAAGGCGCCAGCGGUUCUGUUUAUUUGGCGAAAAGAACUCAGUUGCCGGUCUACGGCGAUGGAUACUUAAAUGAUCAGAUUGGCGAACAACAUAUCGGGGAUAAAGUGGCUAUAAAACAGAUGAUUCUCUCUAAGCAGCCCAGAAAGGAAUUGAUAGUGAAUGAGAUUUCGGUGAUGAAAGAUUCUCAACACAAAAAUAUUGUGAAUUUCCUGGAAGCAUACUUAAAGACCGAGGACGAUUUGUGGGUGGUGAUGGAGUACAUGGAGGGCGGAUCGCUCACAGAUUUGAUAGAAAACAGUCCUACAAAUGGAAGCAACUAUUCACCCUUAACAGAACCUCAAAUUGCCUAUAUUGUACGGGAAACUUGUCAAGGCUUGAAAUUUUUACAUGAUAAACAUAUCAUUCACAGGGAUAUCAAAUCAGACAAUGUGUUGUUAGACAUAAGAUCCAGAGUCAAGAUAACUGACUUUGGAUUUUGUGCGAAACUUACAGACAAACGGAGCAAAAGGGCCACAAUGGUAGGCACACCGUACUGGAUGGCCCCAGAAGUUGUUAAACAGCGGGAAUACGACGAGAAAGUGGACGUGUGGUCCUUAGGGAUUAUGGCGAUAGAAAUGCUGGAAGGUGAGCCACCGUACUUGAACGAAGAUCCGUUGAAAGCGCUCUACCUCAUUGCCACAAAUGGAACACCAAAGCUUAAGCAACCUGAAGGCCUUUCUUUGAAAAUCAAAAGAUUCUUAAGUGUUUGCCUCUGUGUCGACGUUAAAUACCGAGCAUCAACCGAAGAACUACUGCAUCACAGCUUUUUUGAUAUAAGUUGCGACCCCUCUGACUUGAGUCCUCUUCUCGAUUGGAAGAGGUGA